AUGAACUAAGCUGCUCAGUUUCUUCUAAAGUAAAAAUUUCUGCUAAAAAAAAAUGGCUUUCUCUGAGGUUUUGACUCAAAUUGGCUGGGACAGAAAAUUUGACAUUCCUGUGUCAAACACAGGGAAUACAAAAUUGGAGGAUGAGAUCCAGAGAAAGCAGAAAGACGUAUUAAAUCUAGAAAACAAAGUGAGCCAGUACGUGGAGUGGAUGGGUGCCGUGACCGAACAUCUGAGAAACGUCCAGCAAGAGCGCACUCACACUCAGGCUCUGUGCAGGGCUGUAGAGAAGCAGAAGGAGUCUGAGAUGCACUUCAGGGCCUUGGCGGACAGAGAGGGAGGACGACAGCUUCAGGAGAUUUCCAAGCUCCGGAACGAGCUCACAUCGCUGCGAAAGAAGAAGAACCCGCGGGAGAACUACAUCUUCAAAGCCACAGAGAAGAUAGAGGAGUUCAAGAGUCAGCUGAAAUGGGACCAGCAGACUUUGGGCGCCUGGCUGGAGGAAUCGGCUCGCAAAGACGAGGACAUUAUGGCCAUCGUCAAGUACGCGCAGCAAGACGAGAGCAGGAUUCGCAAGCUGACUCUGAGCAUGGAGAAGCUGAAUCUGGAGUCAAAUCAGAAGAGAAAAGCUUUGGAGAACGAGUUCACCGAGACCAUCAUGACACAGGUGGCUAUGGAUAAGACGGUCGAGAUGGUGCAGAAGUCCCACGUAGAGACACAGGAGCUGAUCAGCCACUGGGAGAACUCCAUCGAACAGAUGAGGCAGAAAGACCAGGAUCUGCAGCAGUGUGCUCUGCUGCUGGCAGAGACGAACCAGAUGAUCUAUGAACGUAAAGCAUUGAUAAAAGAGAAGCAGAACUUCCUAGCUAACGAGGUGGAGAACAACAAGGACUGCGAGAAGAAGAUCGCCACGGUCGAACGCCAGGCCAACAGACUACGCCAACAGUUUCAGGACGAGGAAAGCAACUUUGUUCAACUGCAAGAUGAGCUGGUGAGCCUCAAGGGCUGUGUGGAUCGCACCGCUACAGACGUGAAGGCUAAGAGAUCCCACUUAGCGAGCAUUAAGAAGGACAUCAGUGAUAAAACUGCAAAAUUAGAGGAUAUGCAGCUGUAUAACGUCGCUCUAGAAGCGAAGAUGCAGGCUGUGACCGAGGAAGCGCUUAGCGUGGAGGAGAGAGCCGCUCAGAUGGAGCAGCUGCACAGAGACCAUGAGAAAAACCUUAAAGAAAUUGACACUCAGCUCCAGCGGGAACACAAGCUCCUCUUCCAGAAAAAACAGGAGCUAGAGAUGCUGCGAGCCAAGGAGAAGAACGUCGUAGCAGAUAUCUCAGGCAGUCGUGUAGCUCUGUCCAGCCUGGACAGCCGCCUCAGUAAACUGGACCAAAAGGCUCUCAAGCAACAGGAUUACAUCAACAAUCAGGAGUUCCAGGUUCAGUUUCUGGAUGGGAAAAUUGCCCAUCUGAGCGGCAACUUGAACAAGGAGGAGAAACAGGUUCUGGAAAAGCAGGUUUCUGAGCUGAGUGCAACACUGGGGGAAAAGAAAAAGGCAGCUGCUUUGCUUGCAGCACAGCUCAAGAAGCUUCAGAAUGAUAUCCGCUGCGUGAGGAAAGAGAACGAGAAGACGGGAGCAGAAAUGAGAGACCUGACCACAAAGAUUGACGAACUGAACCUCGUUGAUGACACCUUGAACAAAGACAUGAAGAGAAUUCAUCUCAAGAAAAAGGACAGCAUUGUGGAGAACAAUAUCCUGCAGCUGGAGGUAAAGCACCUCAGGAACCUGCUAUAUGACAAGGCGGACGGCGUCCUUUCUCUGGAGAAGAGGAAGCUGCGUCUGCAGACAGCCAUGAAGGAACGACAGGAGGAGAUCAGUGUGCAUUGGGAAAUUCACAGCAAGCAGCUCAAGAUCACCGAGCAGGACAUGCAGGAGAUCAGGGCCCAGUUGUACGAACGACUGUCCAAAGUUGACAAGAUGAAGAAAAAAUAUGAGAUCGUCACCAUUUUCAUGGCCGCACCAGAGGGUGAGGAAGACAAAUCGCAGGCCUAUUACAUUAUUAAGGCGGCUCAAAAGAAAGAGGAGCUUCUUUACAAAGUCGACGAUUUGGACGGCAAGAUCCGCAAGGCAGAGAAAGAGAACAAGGCAUUGGAAAACACCGUGCACCUGUUCAGUAACCAUGACGGCACCUAUCGUAAAUCCUUCAACAGGGUCACAGAAUCCAGUCCUGAGUAUCAAGAGAAAUUGAAGUUAGAGGAACAGAAAAGGGAAUCGGACGAGAAAGUCAAGUUCAUGAGACGCCAAAUCAGAGAGCUGCAGGAAAACAUUGAGGUCACGAGCAGCUCAGUGAACAGCCUACAGCAAGAAGAAUCUGCUCAGAGAAAAACAAACGCUGAUCUCGAAAUGCAAAUUGUCUCAUUGAAAAAUGAGCUAAUUUGUCAGCAGGAAAAACUGGACAGGGCCACCAAGCAGUCCCCCAAGCUGACAAACGCGAUCCGCUCUAGGAAAAAAACCACAGAGGAGACCUUUGAGGAACGUGACAUCAAGUUGAAAGAACUGAAAGACUGCAAGAAGGUGAAGAAUAAGAUGCUUCUGGAAGUCAUGGAGCAGCACCCGGACCUCCAGGCGACAGUACAGAUGUACUACGUGCAGGCCGGGCUCGCUCUUCCUUCUCCCUCAUCAACCCCGUUAAGCAGGACCUCAAAGCUGAGCUCGGCACGUAGUUCUGCUUCUCUCAGAUCUUCCAGAGUCUCAGGGCCAUCAGCAGGCAACAGCGCCAGAGGCUUGGCAGUUCAGUCGCCCUCCAUAAAAACGGUUGAGUUAAGCCUAGGAAUUUCCAUGUCCCCUCCACUUUUAGCUCAGUCUCCGGACAGUGACAGCAGCAGGAGCAGUAACAGCAACAGGAGCGGUAGGAACAUCAGGAGCAGCCGUCUGAAGAGUCCUUAAUCGGUUCUUCUUCUUUCACUGUACAGUGUCACUUUUGAACCCUUUAGAAAUGUCUAUAUUUCUGCAUAAAUAUGACCUAUGACCUAAAAACAUAUAUUAUACUUUGUAAUUUUUUUAUUCAGAAAAAUUGUUCCAAUAUAAUAUUUCUGUGAUUCUGUACAAAUGGAGGAAAUUUAAGACCAUUGGUACGUUCCCAGAAGUGGCCAACCAACAAAUCACUCCAAAAGCAUUAUGUAGGAUAUUACAGGGGAAUUUCUAAGCAACUAAAGGCCUCUUUUACUUUGGCUUAUGUUGAUGUUCAUGAGUCAGGUGAACCAUCAGGUGAACCCUGAACCACCUCGGUGUGCAAGGCAGAGUCACAAGGAGAAAGCCACUACUCUCCAAAAAAAAAAACAUUGCCCAUGAAGUUUGCUAAAGAUCAUGUGGACAAGCCAGAGGACUAUUGGAAAAAUACUUUGUUGAGGAAUGAAACCAAAAUAAAACUCGGAAUAUAUGUCCCAUUACAAGAAACAUAAUGGUAGUAGUAUCAUGCUUUGGGCCUGUCUUGCUGCAUCUGGGCUAGGACAGUUUGCCAUCAUUGAUAGAACAAUUAAUUCAGAAUUAUGCCAUUUUUCUCAAUAAUAAAAUAAAGAAGUGUAAUAUUUUCGGCUCGUUUGUUCGAUUGUAUUCACCUCGUUUACUUUUAGGACUUGUUGUGCAAUAAAUAAUUAUAUAAUUGCUA